GCGGCGGCGGCGGCGGCUCGUUACUUCUCGGCCUCGCCGUUGGCGCCCCGAGGAUGAACUGAUUGUCGGGGCCGCUCGGCAGGGGGUCGCGCGUCGGUGCCGCGGGCCGGGGCUCCCCGUCCGCCCUCGCGGCCUCUCCCUCCCCGCUCCCGGACUCUGCUCACGCCCGCGCCGCCCGGAGCCCGCGGACGCGCUCGGCGGCGGAGACCGCGGGGCCCCGGGCGCGGGGAAGGCCGCGCACCCGAGCCGGCCGCCCCCGGCCCCGCGCAGCCCGCGAGCGCGCCGGUGGAUAAAAAUCCCUGGAAGUCUCUGAAUGUUGAAGAAAAUUCGACUGAAUUUUUGAUAUUCAAGUGGGAGUCAGUAUUUAUAUUCAUCUUUUAAACUGGGAAGAUUUAUAUUUUAUAUUAAAACUUCUUGAUAUUUACAAUGAAUGGACACAGUGAUGAAGAAAGUGCUAGAAACAGUAGUGGAGAAUCAAGCCAGUCGGAUGAUGAUUCCGGGUCAGCUUCAUGCUCUGGUUCUGGGUCGAGUUCUGCAAGUAGCAGUGAUGGGAGCAGCAGCCGCUCAGGAAGCAGCGACUCCGACUCCGGGUCGGAGUCAGGCAGCCAAUCAGAGUCCGAGUCCGACACAUCCCGAGAGAACAAAGUCCAAGCGAAGCCACCAAGAGUUGACGGAGCUGAGUUUUGGAAAUCUAACCCCAGUAUUCUGGCCGUGCAGAGGUCUGCAAUGCUCAAGAAGCAGCAGCAGCAGCAGCAGCAGCAGCAGCAGCAGCAGACUUCGUCCAACAGUGGAUCAGAAGAGGAUUCUUCUAGCAGUGACGAUUCCGAUGACUCUUCAAGUGAGGUUAAAAGGAAAAAGCAUAAAGAUGAAGACUGGCAGAUGUCUGGGUCGGGAUCUCCAUCACCGUCUGGCUCAGAUUCUGGAACUGAAGAAGAAGGAGAAAAAAGCAGUUGUGAUGAGACAGAGUCUGAUUAUGAGCCAAAAAACAAAGUUAAAAGCAGAAAACCUCAAAACAGAUCAAAGUCAAAAAAUGGAAAGAAGAUUCUUGGACAGAAAAAGAGACAGAUUGAUUCAUCUGAGGAGGAGGAUGAUGAUGAAGAUUAUGAUAAUGAUAAGAGAAGUUCUCGUCGCCAAGCAACAGUCAAUGUUAGCUAUAAGGAGGACGAAGAAAUGAAAACAGACUCUGAUGACUUAUUGGAAGUGUGUGGAGAGGAUGUCCCUCAGCCAGAGGAGGAGGAGUUUGAAACCAUAGAACGGUUUAUGGAUUGUCGGAUUGGGAGGAAAGGAGCUACUGGUGCUACUACAACCAUCUAUGCAGUUGAAGCAGAUGGUGACCCGAAUGCAGGAUUCGAAAAAAAUAAAGAACAAGGAGAGAUCCAGUAUCUAAUUAAGUGGAAAGGAUGGUCUCAUAUUCAUAAUACUUGGGAGACAGAAGAAACCCUUAAGCAGCAGAAUGUCAGGGGCAUGAAAAAAUUGGAUAAUUAUAAGAAAAAAGACCAGGAAACUAAAAGAUGGUUGAAAAAUGCUUCUCCAGAAGAUGUGGAGUAUUAUAAUUGCCAGCAGGAACUUACAGAUGAUCUGCAUAAGCAAUAUCAAAUAGUGGAGCGGAUAAUUGCUCAUUCCAAUCAGAAAUCAGCUGCUGGUUAUCCUGAUUAUUACUGCAAAUGGCAGGGUCUUCCAUAUUCCGAGUGCAGCUGGGAGGAUGGAGCUCUCAUUUCCAAAAAGUUUCAGCCAUGCAUUGAUGAGUAUUUUAGCAGGAAUCAGUCAAAAACCACUCCUUUCAAAGAUUGCAAAGUAUUAAAACAAAGGCCAAGAUUUGUAGCCCUGAAGAAGCAGCCAUCUUAUAUUGGAGGACAUGAGGGUUUAGAAUUAAGAGAUUAUCAGCUAAAUGGUUUAAAUUGGCUUGCUCACUCUUGGUGCAAAGGAAAUAGUUGCAUACUUGCUGAUGAAAUGGGCCUUGGAAAAACUAUCCAGACGAUCUCGUUUCUGAACUAUUUGUUUCAUGAGCAUCAGUUAUACGGACCUUUUCUGUUAGUAGUUCCGCUCUCCACUCUCACUUCCUGGCAAAGGGAAAUUCAAACCUGGGCCUCUCAGAUGAAUGCUGUUGUUUACUUAGGUGAUAUUAACAGCAGAAAUAUGAUAAGAACACAUGAGUGGAUGCAUCCCCAGACCAAAAGGUUAAAAUUCAAUAUAUUGUUAACAACUUACGAAAUUUUGUUGAAGGAUAAGGCAUUCCUUGGUGGUCUCAACUGGGCAUUUAUAGGUGUUGAUGAAGCACACCGGUUAAAGAAUGAUGACUCUCUUCUGUAUAAAACCUUAAUAGACUUCAAGUCCAAUCACCGCCUCCUCAUCACUGGAACGCCUCUACAGAACUCCCUGAAAGAGCUCUGGUCUUUGCUCCAUUUCAUCAUGCCAGAAAAGUUUUCUUCCUGGGAAGAUUUCGAGGAAGAACAUGGCAAAGGCAGAGAAUAUGGCUAUGCAAGCCUCCACAAGGAGCUUGAGCCUUUUCUGUUACGGAGAGUUAAGAAAGAUGUGGAAAAAUCUCUACCAGCCAAGGUGGAACAGAUUUUAAGAAUGGAAAUGAGUGCUUUACAGAAACAAUAUUACAAAUGGAUCUUAACUAGGAAUUACAAAGCCCUCAGCAAAGGCUCCAAGGGCAGUACCUCAGGCUUUUUGAACAUUAUGAUGGAGCUGAAGAAAUGUUGUAACCAUUGCUACCUCAUUAAACCGCCAGAUAAUAAUGAGUUCUAUAACAAACAGGAGGCCUUACAACACCUAAUCCGUAGUAGUGGAAAAUUGAUACUUCUUGACAAGCUGUUAAUUCGCCUAAGAGAACGCGGCAAUAGAGUUCUUAUUUUUUCUCAAAUGGUGCGGAUGUUAGACAUUCUUGCAGAAUAUUUGAAGUAUCGCCAGUUCCCCUUUCAGAGAUUAGAUGGAUCAAUUAAAGGGGAGCUGAGGAAGCAAGCUCUCGAUCAUUUUAAUGCUGAAGGAUCAGAGGAUUUCUGUUUUUUGCUUUCCACACGAGCUGGAGGUCUAGGAAUUAAUUUAGCCUCGGCUGACACUGUUGUCAUAUUUGAUUCUGAUUGGAAUCCACAGAAUGACCUUCAGGCACAAGCCCGAGCUCAUCGGAUUGGGCAGAAGAAACAGGUGAAUAUUUAUCGUCUGGUUACAAAGGGAUCAGUUGAAGAGGAUAUUCUUGAGAGGGCCAAAAAGAAGAUGGUUUUAGAUCAUCUUGUAAUUCAAAGAAUGGACACGACGGGGAAGACCGUGCUGCAUACGGGCUCUGCCCCUUCCAGUUCUACUCCUUUCAAUAAAGAAGAAUUAUCAGCCAUUUUGAAGUUUGGUGCUGAAGAACUUUUUAAGGAACCUGAAGGAGAAGAACAGGAGCCCCAGGAAAUGGACAUAGAUGAAAUCUUGAAGAGGGCAGAGACUCAUGAAAAUGAACCAGGCCCUUUAACUGUGGGUGACGAGCUGCUCUCCCAGUUCAAGGUUGCCAACUUUUCAAAUAUGGAUGAGGAUGAUAUUGAGUUGGAACCUGAAAGAAAUUCAAAGAAUUGGGAGGAAAUCAUUCCAGAAGAUCAAAGAAGACGAUUAGAAGAGGAAGAAAGACAAAAGGAGCUUGAAAAGAUUUACAUGCUCCCAAGAAUGAGAAACUGUGCAAAACAGAUUAGUUUCAAUGGUAGUGAAGGAAGGCGGAGUAGAAGCAGGAGAUACUCAGGAUCUGAUAGUGAUUCUAUCUCAGAAAGGAAGAGGCCAAAGAAACGUGGACGGCCACGGACUAUUCCCCGUGAAAACAUUAAAGGAUUUAGUGAUGCAGAAAUUCGGCGGUUCAUCAAGAGUUACAAGAAAUUUGGUGGCCCUCUGGAAAGAUUAGAUGCAAUCGCUCGAGAUGCUGAAUUAGUUGACAAAUCAGAGAUAGAUCUCAGACGACUAGGAGAAUUAGUACAUAAUGGUUGUAUUAAGGCUUUAAAGGAUAAUUCUUCAGGAACAGAACGAACAGGCGGUAGACUUGGGAAAGUGAAGGGUCCAACAUUUCGAAUAUCAGGAGUUCAGGUGAAUGCGAAGCUAGUCAUUUCCCAUGAAGAAGAACUAAUGCCACUACACAAAUCCAUUCCUUCAGAUCCAGAAGAAAGAAAGCAGUAUACUAUACCAUGCCAUACAAAAGCAGCUCAUUUCGAUAUAGACUGGGGCAAAGAAGAUGAUUCCAAUUUGUUAAUUGGUAUCUAUGAAUAUGGAUAUGGAAGCUGGGAAAUGAUUAAAAUGGAUCCUGAUCUAAGUUUAACACACAAGAUUCUUCCAGAUGAUCCUGAUAAAAAACCACAAGCAAAGCAAUUGCAGACUCGUGCAGACUACCUCAUCAAAUUACUUAGUAAGGAUCUUGCAAAAAAAGAAGCUCAGAGGCUUUCUGGUGCAGGAGGUUCGAAGAGAAGAAAAGCAAGAGCUAAGAAGAAUAAAGCAAUGAAAUCUAUAAAAGUAAAAGAAGAAAUAAAGAGCGAUUCUUCUCCACUGCCCUCAGAAAAGUCUGAUGAAGAUGAUGAUAAGGAUGAGCUCACUUCUGUGAAACAUCCAAAUAAAAAAAUUAAAACAGAAAGAGACAGUGAAGAAAAACCUGAGCCAGAUGUUUGUAUAAAGAAGGAAGCAGAAGAAAAGAGGGAAGCAAAAGAAAAAGAGAAUAAAAGAGACCUUAAAAGGGAGAUAAAAGAAAAGGAGAAUAAGAAAGAUAUAAAAGAUUUUAAAGAAAAAAGAGAAAACAAAGUUAAAGAAGCUAUGCAGAAAGAAAAAGACAUAAAGGAAGAAAAGCUGAAUGAAUCUAAGGCUGACAGCAAGGAAAAAUCUAAGAAGUCAUCGGUGUCAGAUGCUCCUGUUCACAUAACUGCGAGUGGCGAACCAGUUCCUAUAUCUGAAGAAUCUGAAGAGCUAGACCAGAAGACAUUCAGCAUUUGUAAAGAAAGAAUGAGGCCUGUCAAAGCAGCAUUGAAACAACUUGAUAGGCCUGAGAAAGGCCUUUCAGAGAGAGAACAGCUGGAACAUACUAGGCAAUGUCUAAUAAAGAUCGGUGACCAUAUCACAGAGUGUCUGAAGGAGUAUGCGAAUCCUGAACAGAUUAAGCAGUGGAGAAAAAACCUGUGGAUUUUUGUUUCUAAGUUUACUGAAUUCGAUGCAAGAAAACUCCAUAAGUUAUAUAAGCAUGCUAUUAAAAAACGGCAAGAAUCUCAGCAAAAUAAUGACCAGAACAGCAAUUUGAAUGCUCACGGGAUUAGGAACCCAGAUGUGGAAAGAUUAAAAGACAACACCAAUCACGAUGACAGCAGCAGGGACAGCUACUCUUCUGACAGACACUUAUCCCAGUAUCAUGACCAUCAUAAAGACCGACACCAAGGAGAUUCUUACAAGAAGAAUGACUCUAGGAAAAGACCUUAUUCUUCUUUUAGUAACGGGAAAGAUCACCGCGAUUGGGACCAUUACAAGCAAGAUAGCAGAUAUUACGGUGAUAGAGAGAAACACAGAAAACUGGAUGACCACAGAAGUCGAGAUCACAGGUCCAGUUUGGAAGGAAGUUUGAAAGAUAGAUCUCACUCGGAUCAUCGCUGUCACUCGGAUCAUCGGUUACAUUCGGAUCAUCGAUCAGGUUCUGAGUACACGCACCAUAAGUCCUCCAGGGAUUAUAGGUAUCACUCAGAUUGGCAAAUGGACCACAGAGCUUCCAGUAGUGGCCCGAGAUCACCGCUAGAUCAGAGAUCUCCUUAUGGCUCCAGAUCCCCGUUUGAACAUUCAGUCGAACACAAAAGUACACCUGAGCAUGCGUGGAGUAGUCGGAAAACAUAACAAAGACUGAUACGCUGUCUCUUUGGACUUUUCCUUUAGCCAUAGAUCAUAAACCAACACAGUAAUUGCCUUACAUGACUUGAAAGCUAGAAACAGAUCUAUCAGUAGCAGUAUUGUUACUUCUUUCCAGGAUGCAAGGUCUAUUCUCCCAACAGAAGAGAAAAUAUUUUUAUAUUUAAGGAUUAUGCUGCACUGUACUACAGAUGUUGUGGUACUUUUUUUUUUCUUUUUUAAAGAAAUGAAAAUGUUUACUAUUACAGGGACCUCAACACUGCCCUUGCGUGUCGGCUGGACGAAACUUUUUAAGUCAGAUUUUAGACUGACCUUCGUUUAAAUUAUGUUUGUAUCUGAACUUUGCUCUGACCUGUGAUCAUGUUUCAGGAAGGAAUGAAAGAGAGUUCUUUUCUUAUUGGAGAAAAAACACUCAAGGACUUUGUUCACUUUCCAAAGCGACUUGUUUACAUUGCAUACUGUUGCAUACUGCGACCACCUUUGCCGCUUUUCAUCACAAGCUUGAAUAUUUAAAUUCUGUACUUAUAACUGUAAGAUAGCCAGGAAUUUCCUGUUUGUGAUCUAUUAUUAUGCCUUUUUACACACACAAAAAAUAUGGCUGUAAAUUAUUGUAAAUGGAUUAAAUAAGCUUUCCUUACUUCUUCCCUUUUCUCAGGCUUUUUUUGACUGUUUCUUUCCUACCAACUCAGGCCUUCUUAUUAUUAAAAAAUAAUAAGUGUAAUAACACUUUUUAACGAUUUGUCUUGAUGGAAUCAAUGUUUAGAAUGUAAAAAAUGGGGAAAGGGGCCACUUCUUUCCAUUAGUCCCUCUUUUUAUAUUGACUAUUUUAUUAGAUACAUGUUGUUUCUCCCGUUUUUCUUUUUUAGUCAAUAUUGUAUAUGUAGUAAGAAAAUGAGAUUAUAUGUAAAAUCUAAACUGCAUGCUCUGGAAACUUCUUUCAGAAGCAUUUGGUUUAAGGGGUAGGUGUGUGAACACUUUCAGAAUCCAAAAAAAGGCCAAAAGUUACGUCAAUCUCUUUGUUUUCCCUCUUCAUACGGGCAAUAAUGUCAAAUGUGCUAUGCAGCCAGGUAACAUUUUAGAGAAACUUGAUUGACUUUUAAUAUAAACUGUUACAAUGCACACUGAUUGUAUAUAAAAACCUUAUAUAUGACAAAUUAAAUUUAAGAAAAAAGGAUAUGUGGGCUCCUGUAAUUUUCUGCUGCAUUCUUAGUUCCUUAAGCACUUACUGUUUUUUCUUUGUUUUUUUCUUUUUUUUUCUUUUUAAGUAUUAGCAUUUAGCUACCAGACAUUUUGGUUAGCAGUUGAAUUAUUAUUAAUCUGUAAAGCUCUGCAAUUAAAUAUAUUUUGAGGAUUAUAUGAAUCUAUAAAGUAAAAUUUAGAUUUAAAAAUUUGGUUAGACUCUGGAUUCCUGCAGAUGAUUAUUUUAAAUUGUCAUAUAUUUAUUCACAGAUUUUUAUUUUGUUAUAUUCAAUAGGAUUAUUUGAAUUGGGCCACAUAUAUUCUUGAAUGUGUGCUUUGAUAUAACAAAUUUUGAACCUUACUUUGACAAAUAUAAGUACAUUGAUAUAUUCCUGUAAUAGUCUUAGCUGUCUCCCAGUUGAUUAGCUGUGAGAGCAAGCUACAGAAAUUUGUUUAAAGGUUGUUUAUAAAUCCAACUGAGUCUAAAAUUUAUACUAUCUGUAUAAAACAAAGCGUUUUAAUUAAAGCAGUGAUUCUUCAUUCAAAUUACUUCCAAAGGAUGAUAAUCCAGUUUUCCCGAUCCAUCACAUAGAAUGAAAAAUAACUCAAUUUUUUAAAUUAAGAUAAUUAGUAUAUUACACAUUUUAUAGUUUUCAUUUUCUCCACAUUUAGUAGAAAUCCCUUUCAUAUGAUGGCAUUUAAUGAAAAAUUUUAAAGAGGUCAUAUGCCAAUACAAUAAGUACAUCAGGGUUGACAUUUUCAGUUCAGGACUUUGUAACUGGGAUAUUUGCAUUAUAUUCUCUUGUACAAAUUUUAUAGGACAGUAUUACAUUUAAAAAAGGGGCCGGGGAUUGGGGUGGGGAAUGAUCUCUUUCACAGUGGUACAUUUAAUUGAAUAUUUCGGCUAACCAACUGAAUGAAAAUUCUGUGUGACAUUUAUUGAUGGAAAGUAGAUCCCAUCAAUAUUUGUAGGAGAUCAGCAAUUAUGUAGAAAAGGAACAAGCCAUAUACUUAUUGAAACACAAGGGAGAAAACAUUCGUACUUAAACAGGGAACAUUUUCUUUAUAAAAUUUGUUUGAUUUUUGUCUUUUACAUGUUCAUUCUGCUUUGCUACUUUAAUCCAUUUUGUUUAAUUUUUCCAAGGAUGAGAGAUUAUGCAUAGUACUGUACCAACUAACUCUCCACUUCAAAUAAUAUACAAUAAAUGAUUCUUACUAAAAGCAAUGGCCUGUUUGCUUCUAAAGAAAA